CGCAGAUCCAAAUAUUCUUGUUGACGUGGAAGGCUCUCAAGGUCUUCGAAAACGUUUCGGCGCGCUAUUGGCUCCGGGGAGGCCCCAGUUGGGGACAUGGGCGGGGUAUAGUGCCACUUGUCACCUCAGGCGGACACACUCUCUCACCGCCCUAGCUUUGGUUUGAAGCCGCCGUCAUCCACCGCCGCAUUGCUUCAACUAUAGUUGCAGCGGCAGCGGCAGCAGCAGCAGCCGCAGCAAAGUGGGUGAUUUUCCUCUCUGUGAAGACUCAGAAAUAGCUUUUUGGCAUUCCUUUUUGUUCAUCUUCAUCCAUGGAUGCUGCUCAGUGGCCACAGGGCAUAGGAAUUGUGAAACCCAUGGACGGUGGCGGCGGCGGCUCAAUGCCUAGUAGUACUAUAACCGAGAGACGGCCGAGGCCAGAAAAAGAACAGGCUUUGAACUGUCCGAGGUGCAAUUCCACCAAUACCAAGUUCUGUUACUACAACAACUACAGCCUCUCCCAGCCCAGAUACUUCUGCAAGACAUGUAGAAGGUACUGGACCGAAGGUGGAACCCUCCGGAAUGUUCCCGUAGGCGGCGGCUCCAGGAAGAACAAGAGAUCUUCUUCUUCUUCUUGUUCUUCUUCUUCUUCAUCAUCAUCAUCAUCAAAGAAGCUUCCUGAUCCAUCUGCUUCUCAUCAUCUAAACCCUAAGAUCCAUGAAGGCCAGGACCUGAACCUCGCUUACCCACCCACCCCCUCAUCUUCCUCAUCUCAUCAUCUCUCAGCCAUGGAGCUUCUCAAGAGUGGAAUUAGUGCUCCUUUGGUGCCACUGUCCUCAAAUAAUGCAAUCUACCCAUCUGGGUUUCCUCUUCAAGAGUUCAAGCCAGCCCUAAAUUUUUCCCUUGAUGGGUUUGAAAAUGGGUACGGAAGCCUGCAAGGCGUUCAUCAAGAUUCUAAUAAUGCGAGGCUGUUUUUCCCCUUUGAAGAGCUGAAACAAGCACCAACCACAAGCACAGCUGAGUUUGAGCAGAAUAGAGACCAUGGAGAGCCUACUGGGUACUGGACUGGGAUGCUGGGUGGAGGAUCAUGUUUCCAAUCAGCUGGCUCUCUUUUCUCUUUAUUUUUCUUUUCCUUUUUCCUGGGCAACAAACAGGUCAUGAGGACUGUCAAAUCUUUAUCAGCACCAUCUGGGUCUCGAGAUUCCUCCGGCCAUUAAAUUAAGAAUGCUCCUUCAUGAAGCAAGCAGUAGUAUCUAUGAGAAGAAUAAACCAGAGAGAGAGAGAGAGAAGACAGCAACUGUAGCUAGGAUGCAUGAUGCAGUUGAGAUAUAAUUCCACAUGCUACACCACUUUUAGGUGAGAAGAUUUGAAUCAUUUGACCCAGGCAUUAAUCUAUACCUCUAUCUAGCUAGAUAGUAAUAUAGGAUCAUAAUAUUCAUGAUAUAUAUAGCUGUACCUUUAAAAUGUAUUAGAUUAUGGUUGGAAUAAGAAAAUUAUGUUAUAUUGUGGUAGGAAAAAAUUAUAAUGUGUUUUUU